AUGGUUGUGAAUGCUUUUGCGUCUGAGUACAUAGGUUCUGAUAACAUAGAGCUGCGGCUUGGAGUGUCCUGGGCUGCAGAUACUUUGGCUGUAAGGCAAAAAAGAAGAAUUUAUGAUAUCACCAAUGUCUUAGAAGGAAUUGACCUGAUUGAAAAAAAGUCAAAAAAUAGUAUCCAAUGGAAAGGCGUAGGUGCUGGCUGUAAUACUAAAGAAGUUGUAGAUAGAUUAAGAUACCUUAAAGCUGAAAUUGAAGAUCUAGAACUGAAGGAAAAAGAACUUGAUCAACAGAAGUUGUGGCUACAGCAAAGCAUCAAAAAUGUGAUGGACGACUCCAUUAAUAAUAGAUUUUCCUAUGUAACUCAUGAAGACAUCUGUAAUUGCUUUAAUGGUGAUACUCUUUUGGCCAUUCAGGCACCUUCUGGUACACAGCUGGAGGUACCUAUUCCAGAAAUG